AGAAAAGGGGCUUUUUUUGCGUCUUUUGUACAUUCUUCGUCUCAGAAUGAAAAUUUUUCAUUUGAAUUGAGCUCGAGGUCUCCUUUGCGCCUUAACAUUACGUGUAAGCUAUCAGCCGAAUCCGUUCUUGAUAUUUUUUGUGAAGAGGUGUCCGUCGCGUUCGCGGCAACAGGAUAGAAAAUGCAAAUGCGAAAAAUGUUGUUCUCCUGCUUCUCGUGGUUCCUUGUUCUGUAUUCGUCGAGGGUGAGCUUCGGCUUAGCAAAGGAAGAGACCGCGGUAGGUGGAGUUCACCAGGAGGAAGAGAAGAUAGCCAGAGAUGUCAUCGCGAAGAAUCCGAUUCUUUUUAUUGGCGGGAUGGGUGCUUCGACGAUAGACGCUACAUUAGAUAAGAAAGACGUUGUGCAUCCGUUUUGUUGGCACCAAGCGGAAAACUACACAGUUUGGCUUUCCGUGUCGAGUCUUUUGCCUGGGGUCUCGGAUUGCUUUCUCGAUAACUUCAAAUUGCGGUGGAAAAAGAAUGCUGGAUCUUCAACAGCAGUUUCACCAGUUUCAUCAGAUUCCUCAGAGGAUGUUGACGAAGCCCAACAAGAAGCCCCUCUGAUUCUCGAUGAGACGGAAGUGCAGCCCUACAUGCAGCACGAUAGGAUUCCUGUGGGGACAGCUUCGCUAUCUGACGGACUGGUAAAGUCCUUGUGGGAUAAGUUUGCUGAUGUGGCGACCUCAAAGUUUGGCUACGACUCUCCUCGACAAAUGAACAAUAUAUUAAGGCUGCUCCUGGUGUUGAAAAUGUUCACUGACGUCCUUGAAGAAGCUUGAUUAUCGCAGCUCCCUUGUAUAUGAGUCGUGUGCGUCGUCGUCGUUGAUCCAUGCAGAAUCUCUAGUGAAAUCUCGAAGAUGAAGUAACUUUCUACUCCGCAUCUCGGUCUUAGUACUUACUUACCUCCUAAACAAUCUUCGUCUUUUCAAGAAGUUGUGCAGGUCUCGCUCUCCUUAAGCAGGACGUCUAAAUCAAGUCUACGACUUCCGAAAGUCUCCGCGAGAAUGGCUCCCAGAUGGAACGUUUGCGCGUGUGAAGGCCAAUAUUGAGCGAUACGUUGACGAAUUCAACAAUGGAAAGCCAGCAUUGCUAGUGUCCUUGAGUGAAGGCAGCAACUUCGUGCAUCAGUUCUUGAGCUUGUAUAUAGGAAGUGGUCAACAACGAGACGGAGAUGAACAAGGAGGUGGGCGAGAAAACGGAGAUAAUGAUAAAAGAACGAUUUGGGGUGACGCAUGGCGGAGAAAAUACGUAGUGCAUUGGCUUUCGCUGUCAGGGCCCUUUGGUGGAACACCGGAAUUGACACGGGUUGCCUUUUUUCCACAACCGAUUGAUGUUUUUGCGGCUAGAUCAACAAAUAAGUUUUUGUCGCAUGCUGCAGCUACUCGUAUGUUGUCACAACUGCUCGUUCAUGUACAAUUGCAGCGAUUUGAAAAACAUCGUGCUGGAACGCCUGCCGCUAGGCACAUUCAUUCACUCACUCAAGUAAGUACUCAGCUGCGUGGUUUAAGGAUGAGGCUUUAUUGCACCAUGCGGCUCCUCUAAUCUCCACCAUUUACCGCAACUCUUGGCUUACAUCAAGCUUCGCGAUCUGCGCGACCUCUCAGUCUCAUUUCCGUCGACGCUGUUGGGUAUGCCCAGUUAUUUUGGAGAAGACGAGGUCAUGCUAGUAGGGCCCGCACCUAGUACUACUGGUGAAGACGAAGGAACUGCAGAAACCGGCCAAAGUAAAGACGAUGCUUUAACAUCAAGUAUCAAAGGGGUCCUCACACGACGACCUAGUCCCAACAAAUCGCGAUGGGAAACGAAUACUAGAACAAAAACUAUAACAGCAAAAAGACAGAGCACCAAGAAGAGGGGAAAGGAGUAUACACAACUAAACAUCGUUGACGCAUUUCGAGAUGCUGGGCAACCACAAACAGCAGAAUUGUAUGAAAUGCAGCAUGCGUAUCGGUUUGACUCCCUUGCGGCACCGCAGGUACCCGUCACGUGUGUAUAUGUUAUGAAUGAACAAGUAGUCCUCUUUGGAAUGACAAUGACAAUGAUUCACCUUCGUUAAUUUGAAGGCUCCUGGAGCACGAAGUUACUUUGAUUUUGAAGAUCUGGGAACAACAAAGAUAAGUUCUCCACUAGACAAGGAGGAACAAAUAAAGGGUUUUUUUAGAAACUCACAUGAAGAUCGACCUAAAAAAGAAGUACUUCUAGACGAGUAUGGUACUAGUCUGAUGUUCUCCUCGGCUCUGCAUCCGCUAAGUCUCGUAUCGGAACUCCGACGUUGAAGAAUAUGACGUAUGGAAGCGGGUGGGAUCGAGAGGCUACGGAUUUCGGUUACGAAGAUGGUGACGGCGUCGUACCAGCUCGAAGUCUUCGACUUAUGGCUUCUGAUUCCUUUAUAGACUUUUUUUCGAGUUUUUUUGAACCAAAUUGAUGAAGACGAGCAACUACUUAUUUUUUUACACUAGUUCACUCGUCAGUCGUGAAACACCCAUGAUGUUGUUGUAGUAAGUCGUAAGUCCCUGUCUCGUCCUAAACAAGAACAUACCGCAUGUUGACACUGAUGUUGCUUCAGCAGGGUCUAACAGAAGAUGCCAAGAAUGGAGCCACCAGGAGAACCAGCCGCACAUUACCAUGUUUGCCGUGGAGUUAUGAACAAUCAAGACGUAUUUUUAUUUUUUCAAUCUCAGUAACCAAAUGAAAAUAGAAAUAACACAAGGAUAUAGCUCAACUUUCCUGAGUCAACUAAAGUCUACUAUGUUGCCGCAAGUAGAACAAAAUUGUUAUUUUUUCAAUCUAGCUACAUCCUGCUUGUUCGUUCCUUCCAGGUAUUUUUUAAUGUCUUGCUUCAUCAUCGUUUCCAAGGUCUAUUCUUAUUUCUCUAAGAUGAGGAGCAGCUCAUGGUGACCCUCUACAUCGACAUGAGGUGCUGAAAGUCUUCGAAGACUUACUUGCGGAUAUUUCCAAGAAGAACGUUGACGAAGAGGAGGUGUUUAUUUAAGUAGUUCAUCAAAAGAAGUUUUAAUGAAUAUGAACCGUUGCGUGAUAUUUUUGAGUUGUGAGUUUCUCGGUGUGGUCGCUGCGGAUCAUUCUUGAGAGUCGUUCUGAACAUGGACUUGUCGUUCCUGAUAUCUUCACACAUGUUUUAGCUUUUUUUUGACUGUGGGUGAAUGACAUUGACAUGAGGAUAAUGGAUGACUCUGACUACUGCAAAUGUUAACAAGCAUCAACCGUCGGGUGAUGUUUCUGUUUUCACCGACUCGCUUUUAAUAUAGACCACCUCAUCGUACGACAAUGUCCGAAGAUCUUAGUCGUUGUACAGCUACAGGACUAGUAGUUGUAGAUCUUCUACAUCCAG